UUCUCUUGCUUCUAGAAAGGUUUGAGAAAGAUCUCACACCCCGCCGCUCAAUCACCCUCGAUCAGAGAAUGGGGCCUUCACUCACAUCAUCUAAAGCGUGGCAGAAAAUCUCCGUCGGGGGCAUCAUACUAAGCGCUGGGUGGCUUGACCUUUGAUGUCUCCAAUUCCUUCUAGAACACUGCAGGCCCUCCGCUCAAUUCGAAACAGCCUCUCGCAUCGAAGCGUCCCUCGUGCUCUCCUGUCUGGACGCCACAACCCACAGCACACCCACAUCCGCCCACCAGCCAUCGGAACUGUCUCUCGGUCCUCCCGAGUAAAAGCCGUAACAGAAAAGCAGCCGAGACACCUGAUCCGCAACUCCAUAGCAGCAUCAGUCAACGUGUGUCUAGCCCUUAUCGUCGUCUCGUCGCUCUCCGAGUUUUCCACUUUAGCCCUUCUGAGUCGUUGAUCGACUCUUUCAUGGCGGGGUAGGGAGGACCUGUUGCUACCGUGUCAUUCCAAUGGAGCUUGGCCACUCCACAUCAUACCAUUUGUCGCGAAGGGGACGGUAUGAUAGGACGGUCAUUUUGUGAGGUGGCCACUUCCGCGGCAAAGAAUGGUUCUAGAACUCUCCCUAUAGAGU